UAUUAUGAAUUGACGUUGACAAGUUAACCUUUCUAACCUGAUUCUUGUUUUGCUUUUUAUAUUUCAACCAGAAAAAUGAUUCACAGUCUAUUUAUUAUUAACUCUCAGGGUGAUGUUUUUCUAGAAAAACAUUGGAAAAGUAUUGUAUCUAGAUCAGUAUGUGACUAUUACUUGGAAGCUCAACGAGCAAAUCCUAAUGAUAUAACACCUGUUAUUGUUACACCUCAUCAUUAUUUAAUAUCAAUACAAAGAGGUGGUGUUAGCUUUGUUGCUGUUUGCAUGGAGGAAAUACCUCCCCUUUUUGUUAUAGAGUUUUUGCACAGAGUUGUGGACACAUUCCAAGACUACUUUUCAGACUGCACUGAGUCAAUAAUUAAAGAGAAUUAUGUUGUUGUUUAUGAGCUUUUGGAUGAAAUGCUCGACAAUGGUUUUCCUUUAGCUACUGAAAGCAACAUACUCAAAGAACUGAUCAAACCUCCAAACAUUCUCAGAACAAUUGCUAACACAGUUACUGGAAAAACAAAUGUUAGUGAAGUAUUGCCAACAGGCCAAUUAUCAAACAUUCCAUGGAGAAGAUCAGGUGUAAAAUACACUAACAAUGAAGCAUACUUUGAUGUAAUUGAAGAAGUUGAUGCCAUUAUUGAUAAAUCUGGUGCUACAGUUUUUGCUGAGAUUCAAGGAUAUAUUGAUUGCUGUAUAAAAUUGAGUGGGAUGCCUGACUUAACACUAUCUUUUAUGAAUCCUAGAUUAUUUGAUGAUGUCAGCUUCCAUCCAUGUGUUAGAUACAAAAGAUGGGAGAGCGAAAGAGUAUUGUCUUUUAUCCCGCCUGACGGAAAUUUCCGACUCAUUUCUUAUCAUAUAAGCAGUCAAAGUGUAGUUGCAAUUCCUGUUUACGUCCGACACAAUUUAUCUAUCAAAACCGGGGAACAAGGUAGAUUAGAUUUAACUGUUGGCCCAAAACAGACUUUAGGACGAACAGUUGAAGGUGUUAAGUUGGAAGUUUUAAUGCCAAAAUGCAUAUUAAAUUGCGUUUUGACCGCGAACCAAGGGAAAUACAAUUUUGACCCUGUUUCAAAAAUUUUGCAUUGGGACAUUGGAAAGAUUGAUGUCACCAAACUUCCAAAUAUUAGAGGAUCUGUUUCUAUAGCGACUGGUUCGAACGUCGCAGAAAUAAAUCCAUCGAUAAACGUGCACUUUACGAUAAAUCAAUUGGCGGUGAGCGGCUUGAAAGUAAAUAGGCUGGACAUGUAUGGAGAGAAGUACAAACCGUUUAAAGGAGUGAAAUACAUCACGAAAGCCGGCCGAUUCCAAAUAAGGAUGUAAAUAAAAACCAAUUGUGUUAUAAAGAUUUUUUUAUAUUAUUGUUUUGAAUAUCAUAUUUUGUAUUGUAUA